AUGUUGCUAGAAAAUAAAUUAAGUCUUGAGGACAUUGUGGAUAAACUCCCAGGUAAACGCAUUGUCAUGCGCGUUGAUUAUAACGUACCAAUUGCAAAUGGAGAGGUUUCCGAUUCUACUAGAAUUGUAGCAACUAUUCCAACUCUCAAAUUCCUAAUUGAACACCAAGUCAAGUCUAUCAUUUUGCUCUCCCACUGCGGCAGGCCCAAUGGCAAAGUUGACCCAAAGUAUACAUUGGCACCAGUAGCCCCAGUACUUAGCGAGUUAAUUAAAAUGCCUGUAAAAUUUAUCAACAACUGUGUUGGUGAUACUGUACUGCAGCAAUUGAACGAUGGAUUUAUAUUUUUAUUGGAAAACGUGAGAUUCCACGCAGAAGAAGAGGCCAAAUCUGGAUACGAAGAAUUCAGAAAACAAUUGACUUUGCUAGGUGACAUUUAUGUAAACGAUGCUUUUGGCUCGUCUCACCGUCCUCACUCAUCAGUUGUAGGUAUUGACCUUCCCUUAAAGGUAGCUGGGCUUUUGGUUAAGAGGGAACUAAAAUAUUUUGGAACUGUGCUGGAAUCCCCAAACCGCCCAUUUCUAUCCAUUCUUGGGGGUGCAAAGGUAAAGGAUAAGGUCAAAUUGAUCAUGAAUUUACUGGAUAAGGUCAAUGAGAUCAUCAUUGGAGGUGGGAUGGCUUACACCUUCCUCAAAGUUAAAGAGAAUAUGAGCAUUGGAAGUUCAAUUUUCGACCCAGAAGGGGUUCAAAUUGUACCAAAAAUUUUAGAAAAAGCUACUGAAAAGGGCGUUAAAAUUCACUUGCCCGUAGACUUCGUCAUUAAUAAUGGCUUCAAAAAUGAAGGUCCCAUCAAGAUCGUGGGCAAGGAAGAAGGUAUCCCAGAUGGCUGGGAAGGACUUGAUUGUGGUCCCGAAAGUUCCAAGCAGUUCCACAACGUGAUAAUUAAUGCCAAGACUAUUGUGUGGAAUGGUCCAUUGGGCGUGUUCGAAAUGUCUAAUUUUGCAAAGGGAUCACUCAGCUGUCUGGAUUCAUGUGUGGAAGCUAAGAAUAACGGUGCGGUAACUAUAGUGGGUGGAGGAGAUACAGCAGCGCUUGUUGAAAGUGUAAAUAAGGGCAGCCUAUUCAGUCACGUAUCAACGGGCGGUGGCGCUUCAUUGGAGCUUUUGGAGGGUAAAGUACUACCUGGAAUAGCUUCUUUGAGCGAUUCUUGCUAA